CAGAAACACUAUGGCUGCCACUCUGUCUCUUACUCAGCUCUCCAGUGGAAAUCCCAUCUAUGACAAGUACUAUCGACAGGUUGAUCCGACUGGCAGUGGGCGGGUGGCGGCGGCUGAUGCAGCUCAGUUCCUGAAGAGGUCGGGCUUGGCUGACUUGGUUCUGGGGAAGAUCUGGGAUUUGGCAGACUCUGAACGCAAAGGUUCCCUUAACAAGCAGCAAUUCUUCAUAGCAUUGCGAUUGGUGGCUUGUGCUCAAAAUGGCCUGGAGGUGGCGCUCAAGAGCCUUAAUGUGGCUGUUCCUCCCCCAAAAUUUCAUGACACAAGCAGCCCGCUGUUAGCAGGAGGAGGGGCUGUUGACAUUCCCUGGGUUGUCAAGCCUGAGGAGAAGAUGAAGUUUGAUUCUAUCUUUGACAGUCUGGGUCCAGUCGGAGGGAUUCUAACAGGAGACAAGGUCAAGCCUGUUCUGCUCAACUCCAAACUGCCUGUGGACAUCCUCGGCAGGGUUUGGGAGCUCAGUGACCUUGACAGAGAUGGCAUGUUGGACAGAGAUGAGUUUUCUGUGGCCAUGUAUCUGGUGUACAGAGCUCUGGAGGGGGAGCCUGUUCCCAUGUCCCUACCACCUCCCCUGGUUCCACCCUCCAAGAGGAAAAAACCCUCUGUGCCUCCCGUGAUGCCCUUGUUACCCUCACCCCCCUCAGUCAAAGACAGUCGCUCCUCCCACGCUGGCUCUAAGACCAUGCCACACCCCCCCAAACCCGCCCCAGCUCCUGCCCCAACACCAGCAGCUGUCCCUUGGGUGGUGUCGCCAGCAGACAAAGCAAAGUAUGAUGAGCUAUUCAGCAAGACAGACGGCGACAUGGACGGCCUUGUUUCUGGACCUGAAGUCAGAGAUAUCUUCCUCAAGACUGGGCUGCCCUCUGCCACACUUGCACGGAUCUGGGAGCUCUGUGACAUUGGAGACAUCGGGAAACUGACCCGAGAACAGUUUGCCCUGGCACUUUACCUGAUCAAUCAGAAGCUGACUAAAGGCCUGGACCCUCCGCAGGGUCUCUCCCCUGAGAUGAUUCCUCCAUCUGACAGACAAAAUAUCAAACAGAACAAUGUAGUUAACCUGGCAGCUGACUUCUCUGCCAUUAAGGAGCUGGACUCUCUCAGUAACGAGAUUGUCGAGCUACAAAGGGAGAAGAGCUCCGUGGAAGAGGAGAUCAAAGAGAAGGAGGAAGCUAUCAGACAGCGCAGCAGCGAAGUGCAGGAUUUACAGGAUGAGGUGGCGAGGGAGAGUGAGGAGCUGCAGCGGCUCCAGGCUCAGCGUCAAAAGGUCCAGGAGGCCUUGGAUGAGCUGGACCAACAGAAAGGCUCUCUGGAGGAGCAGCUGACUCAUAUACGCCAGCAGACCAACCAAGAAACCCAACUGAUUUCAUCACUGCAGUCAGAGCAUGAGGACCAGGAACAGAGGAUAUGUCAGUACGAGGAGGAGCUGGUUCAGGCCAGAGAGGAGCUCCUCGCUCUGCAGGAGGAGAGCAGGAGGCUGCAGGAGAAGGUCCAGGCGGCUCAGGAGCAGCUCACGCCUCUGCAAGAGUCUGUCCGUGACUCCUUUACACAAGUUGCACAGGUUCAGCAGAAACUGAAUGACCUGCAGGUGGAGGAGAGGUCUGUAACUGCCCAGCUCAGCUGGAAGAGAGCCCUGGAAGAUAACUCUCCCGUCAUGGUCAAUGGAUCAGCAGGCCCCACUGCAGAGCUGCACCAGGGGGAUCCAUUCCAGCAGGACCUCUUCCAGGAAGACCCGCCUCAAGAGCUGAAGGAGGAUGAACCAGCUGCUCUCUGCAAUGAGCAGAAAGAACAUUCAGAUCAAAAAGUUAAAGGAAUGAAUGAAAGAGAAGAGGAAGAAGAGAGGGAGGAAGAGAGUCCAAAGACUCCAGAGGAGGAAAAGCUCAAACCUGAUGCAUUGGAUGAUCUCUAUACUAGUCUAGCCUCCUCUGAGAUGUACAAUAAUGUUUCAUCUCUCACCAAGCCACAAGAAAACACUGUUAGGGAGCACAGUAGCCCUACACCUGACGUCUCCUCGGAGGUCACAGAUGAUGCAGAGGAAUCACCUAAAGAGAGCCCACCAAAGGUUGCAUCGCCAGAGCCAGAGAGCAAACAGGAGCCAGCAGAGUCCCCAGAGACCACCACCACCUCCUCAUUACCACCUCAAGUCGGCCCUUGCUCUGUGCCGCCGCAGACCAGCCCUCCCUCCCUGCCUGAGAUGGACUUCUUCAAUUCAGACCCUUUUACUGACCACGAUCCAUUCAAAGAUGAUCCGUUUGGUAAAGCAGAUGUUGCAGAUCCAUUCGGAGGAGAUCCCUUCAAAGGGUCAGACCCCUUUGCUGCAGACUCUUUCUUCGCACAGUCCUCCGGCGCCCCCUUUUCCUCAGACGACCCUUUCUCUGCCUCUGCCGACCCCUUUGGUACCACUACUGGCAUGCCAGAACCAGACCUGUUUGCGGCCAAGGUAAACGAUGCAGCAGCUGCACCGGGUCCAGAUCCCUUCACCUCCAAACCUUCCAAUCCAGCUUUAGCAGCCAAGGAUCCAUUCACCUCCUCUGGUAGCAAUAUGGCCGAGUCUGACCCGUUCGGACGCAAAAUGAAUACCACUGGGGAGGCGGAUCCAUUCGGUUCUCAGGACGGAGGGACAGAUCCCUUCAGCUGCUCUCCACCCAGCUCUGAUUUGGCUGUGAAGGACACUGCAACAACCAAUGACCCGUUCGCUCCAGGUGGUACUACAGUGAACGCCAGCUUAGAUCCAGAUCCGUUUGCUGCUGUGUUUGGUAAUGAAUCAUUUGGAGGGGGCUUUGCAGAUUUCACUGCCUUGGCAAAGUCAAACGGUGCUGACCAGUUUGGCAUCAACAAUAAGAACCUGUUCCAGGAAGAUGGCCAGUCUGCCGGCCCUGAUGUGCCCCCAGCCCUGCCCCCAAAAACGGGUACGCCAACUAGACCACCUCCUCCACCUCCAGGUAAGAGAUCAUCCCUCUCCAGAACAGAGUCCUCUGACUCCUUCCAACGACGAGGGCACUUCCUCCCACAGCUGUCAGGAGACUUCACCUCCUCGGCCUCCUCCUCUUCCCUGCCUGCCAAGGAUCCGAUAGCCGACCCCUUUGCCCCCUCCUCCCCUCCUCGUCACAACGUACGGGAAGCUGACCGAUUUGCCAGCUUUGACAAAUAUCCAACAGAGGAAGACAUGAUAGAGUGGGCAAAGCGCGAGAGCGAGCGAGAGGAAAAGGAGCGACUUGCCAGACUCACCCAGCAGGAACAAGAGGACCUGGAGCUGGCCAUCGCACUCAGCAAGUCUGAACUCUCCUGAGGAGCUCGUUUCCCCCUCCUUCCCUCCUCCAGCGGCCCGGCCCGGCACAGCUCGGCACGGCCUGGCCCAGCACAGAAAGCACCAAAGCAAAGCAGGGACUGUGUAGGACUGAUUCAGCAGCACCUGCUGACCCCAUGAAGAGACUUCUAGAAUAAACGCACCUCUGAAUCUCUGGACGCCCCGUCUCCCCACACUGUGUCCACCGUUCACUGCAGCACCGUGUUUCCCAUCCUGUUGCUCUCUGUGGUUUCUUAAUGGAGGCGAGGACCAAGGUGGAGUGUACGCUCCAAAGAAUGGAUUGUUGAAAGAAAUGCAGUGAAUAUGGAUUUAGAGAUUGUCAGAUGAUAAGAUUGCUCCUUUAAUGCCGCAUUAACUCCCCAGAAUGUAAUUUAUUUAAACACACACUGACUACAUUGAAACAGCCUUGUCAAAAGUCCACUAACACUUCUCACUACACUUUAUUGACACUCAGCUCACUCCUAAUUUUGUAGUGCCCCUACUUCCCCCAAUUUCCUUCCAGCUGUUGGUUAAUCUUCUGAAACUAAAUCUUGAACUGUGUGUGGCUUUAAGACGGCAAGCUGAGGGGAAAGAAUGUGUGUUUUCUGAGGCAUUGUAAUAAAAUAUAAGGGUGCAUGUCAGUCCUUUGAAAUGGACUGACCAUGUACUUUUCCAGUCCUGUAUGAUAGCAGAGGGCCGAUGAGAUUUUGAAAGAUAUUUCUGUUCACGACGGGGUGACAGACUUCAACAUUUCUACACGUUUAACUGGAAGUUACCAGUCCUCUCAUAUGUGAAACGCAUGUGCACAUUUAUACUAAAAUUGAACAAAUCCAUCACAACCUUCAGCUUCUAGACACUUAAAUGUCUUUUAAAAGUCAGCAGUGCUUUGCUUUAGCCAUCAUCUGUUCUGUCUGUGUUCGAGAGUUUUGGGGAGAGACUGAAAGGAAUGAAACUACAUCGAUAACAUGUAAUGAUUACGUAUUAAUUAGCAUUAAGUUUCAGGGAACGCUAGAAGGGAUUGCACAAAACAAGAACACAUCUGCAUUUCUAAAGUCCAACAUUCAUUAUCAGAGAAUUAGAUCAUAUAGCUCUAAAAAUGUUAAUUUCAUCUCCAAAAUGCUUAUUGUCUUUUAAUUAAUGUGAAACUUUAAAUUCUGGGCAAUUUCUGAGACAUUUUAUCAGUGUGGCCUGAGAUUAAAGAAUAUUAUUUUUUUCUGAAAUGUGGUUGGAAAACUGUUGAGUUUGGGGAUUAACGGACAAACAUGAGUUCAGAAUAGAAAAUGGGUUGUCAGAGAUGAAUGUAUGAGUCGGAAAAAACAGAUUUAUACCCACUUUUCCUCCUCUUUUCACUCAUGCAUUAAAUAAAUGGUGUUGAUAAUAUUAUUAAUCCUGAUUGAUCCACCCCAUACUGGGAGGCCGGGGGUCAGUGUUGGGCACAACACAGUCUCCCUUAAAUCAGUGUCUUGAUGAACAGCACAGACGUCAGAAUAAAAUGUCGCCAUUAUACGUUUCUGCAAACCACAGAUACGUUAAAUUUGUACACUUCAUACUUUCCAGUAGAUAAAGUGACGUAGUUCAGAUUACGGUACAUGUAUGAGCUGGGUUUUCUCGUGGUGGCCUGACAGCGAGACGAGCCACGUUUGUGGCAACAAAACUGGGUAUUUUCAGCCAAAACGUGAGCUUUUCCUAACUUGUCUUAAAGUGGUUUCAACAUAAAACCUGAACAUACCUGUGGUUUGUAGAGACAUGCAGUACCAACACGUAUUCUGCCGAUUGUGUUGUGCUGAAUGACACUUUGCAGCAUGUGGGCUAGUUGUGUAAAUACUAUUUUUAAUUAAUGAGAGAAGCGCAUAAAGAAAAAACUUCCCCAAGUAGUCUAUAUCCAUUUCACAAAUCUCACACCAGGUCCCAUUUCAGUGUCUGCCACUGUUGGUGCUUCUUUUGUUCGCAUUUGUCAAAAAUUUAUUUUUCUGCAAUGUUUUUUUUUUUGUCUCUUCUGUGAGAGGCGAACUGGAUUUCAAAGUCUUACACAAAGUCAGUAAAAGUUGGCUCGUGUGUGUCUGCGUUCCGUCUGUCCACUUCAGACUCUGUGGGGAUUUAACUUGCAGAAAAACCUGCUGGUGUGUUGUGAGGAUAAACACUCCCGCUGCACUGCCACCUCAUUCCUGUUAUCGCCCUCACAGCAGGUGCUUGGCCAGUUAUUCUUCCUCUUCUUCUUACUGGGCAGUUUUGUGUUUCUGCCAGAAAAUGAGCUAAGUUACUUAACACUGAGUGCUAAACUGUGACAGACGGUUUCUGAACAAGGGAAGGCUCGGCUGAAGAGCAGGAGGCCUUUGUUUUCAUUUCUUUUGCUAAUUUCUGACCAAACAGUGCAUAACAUUUUGAACACAUCUUCCUGUUCUGACUCACCUUUCGGCCUUGUUUAGAACGAGCAUCGUCAUUUCCUCUUCUCAUGUCUAACCAGUUUACUGUCUGUGGUUUGUCCUGCACUUCCUGCUGCAUCUCUCAUAUUGCAGUUUAUUGUAAAUUCAACAGAGCCAGAGUCGUCUGUCUGUUCUUCACCUUCACCGCUGAGUAUUUCUCAUUCUCCCGAAUUUCAAGGCCACCAGACGCGUUGCUGUCAUUUGUACAGACUCUUUGAAUUUUACAAAUCAAGAACCACUUAAUGUUUCUAGGCGUACCCAUAAAGGCUUUUUAAAACUCAAGCUAAAUGUAUUUUAUUUUGUAUUUUCUAACAUGUAAGAAAAAAUACUUAUUGGGAGGUUCGGCCAGAAUAUGUAAUGCAUUUAAUGAAACAGAAUAAAUAUUAAACAUGUGUAGUUCUGUGUGUUCUUACUGGGAUCACGUCAUGUUAUUGUCUUUAGCAGGCACUGGUGG